ACACCUGAUGCUGUGUCAGGCUUUAUCUGUUCUGCUCCUCAUCUGCUCCUCAUUCUCAUCUGAGAGAACUAAGAAAUAGCCCAUGUUCUUAAUAUGCUGUUGCAUCUUAAGAAUUGUGCUCAGGUUUAGAUUUUUUUUUUUUUUUUUCCUUUAGAAAGGGAAACAUGAAUAUUCCACAGAUAUCGGACUAAUUUUACCUCUGGAAAUGUUGAGUAGCUGCUGAUCUCAGACAGUCGUUGCUCGUUGGAUUCAGCACCACUCGCCCGUGGACAGCUCCCGCAGGACCGCUUUACAUGGACAGAAGGCUCAUUUAUGUGCCAAGUGAUUCUGGAAGUUUACAACUUGGAGAGGAAUCUACGGAUACCUCACUGCAUCACGCACGGGUAUAUUGCUUUUGGGAAAGAAGCCAAAUUCACUGUUAAUUGUGUCGGGUUCGAUCGCGUGUUUGCGUGGUGGAUCUUUGGUGCUGUCUGAAAUCAGAGACAUGGCGACAAACAACACCAAAAGCAACGAUGGACAAGUUGUGACGGAACUCAACGAGAUCACAACUAACGACAAACCCAAAGGAGAGGACGACAAACCAGAGAAAAAGAAGAAAGACAUUCCAGAAAGAGAAACUUGGGGUGGGAAAUUUGAUUUUCUCCUGUCAUGUGUGGGCUACGCCAUCGGAUUGGGCAACGUGUGGAGAUUUCCUUAUCUGUGCGGGAAAAACGGCGGAGGGGCUUUCUUGAUUCCUUAUUUUUUGACGCUUAUUUUUGCGGGAGUUCCUCUAUUUUUUCUUGAAUGCGCUCUUGGACAAUACACAUCCAUUGGCGGCCUUGGGGUUUGGAAACUAGCUCCAAUGUUUAAAGGUGUUGGUCUUGCGGCUGCUGUUCUCUCAUUCUGGCUGAACAUUUACUACAUUGUCAUCAUUGCCUGGGCCCUGUACUACUUGUACAACUCCUUUACCACUGAGCUUCCAUGGAAAACUUGUAACAAUCCAUGGAACUCAGACAGAUGUUAUACAAACUACAGCAUUGUAGACACCACCAAUCUCACCAGCGCUGUCAUGGAGUUUUGGGAACGCAAUGUGCAUCAAAUGACUGAUGGCUUAGAAAAACCUGGUGAAAUUCGUGUACCACUUGCAAUAACACUGGCCAUUGCCUGGGUCCUCGUGUACUUCUGUAUCUGGAAAGGUGUUAGCUGGACUGGAAAGGUUGUUUACUUCUCUGCCACCUACCCAUACUUCAUGUUGUUCAUUUUGUUUAUCCGUGGAGUGACCCUGCCUGGGGCUAAAGAGGGAAUCAUGUUUUAUGUCACUCCUGAUUUUGAGAAGCUGAAGGAGUCUGAGGUUUGGCUGGAUGCUGCAACACAGAUUUUCUUCUCCUAUGGUUUGGGUCUAGGGUCUCUUAUUGCUCUAGGCAGCUACAACCCUUUCAAUAACAAUGUGUACAGGGAUUCUAUCAUUGUGUGCUGUAUAAAUUCCUUCACUAGUAUGUUUGCUGGAUUUGUGAUUUUCUCUAUUGUGGGCUUCAUGGCACAUGUGACAAAGAGAUCAAUAGCUGAUGUAGCUGCAUCAGGUCCUGGUUUGGCAUUUUUAGCUUAUCCGGAAGCUGUGACGCAGUUGCCCAUCUCACCACUGUGGGCUAUUCUCUUCUUCUCCAUGCUGCUGAUGCUGGGAAUCGACAGUCAGUUCUGCACAGUGGAGGGCUUCAUCACUGCUCUGGUGGAUGAAUUCCCACGGCUGCUCAGGAAAAGAAGAGAGAUUUUCAUUGCAUGUGUUUGCAUUGUAUCCUAUGCCAUUGGUCUGUCCAAUAUCACACAGGGUGGCCUCUAUGUGUUUAAGCUCUUCGAUUAUUACUCAGCCAGUGGAAUGUGUCUGCUCUUCCUGGUGUUCUUUGAGUGUAUCUCAAUCUCCUGGUGCUACGGUGUGAACAAAUUUUACGAUAACAUCCAGGAAAUGAUUGGAUACAAGCCUUGUCUAUGGUGGAAACUCUGCUGGGUUUUCUUAACUACCAGAUUUGAUCCCAGUGUUUUAACACUUUUAUUUGUAAUUAUGUGUAAUUAUGUGAAAACUUCAGUAUUUGUAAACAGAGCUUCUCUGCAGGGCGUGUUCCUCUUCAGCGCGGUGCAAAUGGUUCCUCUUACAAUGAACAACUAUGUAUUCCCUAAAUGGGGGCAAGGAGUGGGCUGGCUCAUGGCUCUGUCCUCUAUGGUUCUCAUACCUGGUUAUAUGGGCUACAUGUUCCUCACCCUGAAGGGCACAUAUAAGGAGCGGAUCAGGAUAAUGCUGCAGCCUCCAGCAGUCAAGCGUGCUCAGGAGAACGGGCCAGACCAACAGCAGCUGCAGACACAGCUACAGCAGCCGGAGCAAUCACCGCAGCAAUCACCGCAACAAGCGCAGCAGCCGGAGCAAUCACAGCAGCAGCCACAAUCAAAGCAGCAACUGCAGCAACCAGACCAAGCACCACAGCAACCAAAAUCACCACAACAACCACCGCAGCCACAGCCGCAGGUGCAGGCAGAUAGUUCUUCUUCAACUAAACCUGGCAAUGAUGCCAAUGUCUAAAACCAGUAGAAUUGAACCCCAGCAGAGAGCAAUCAAAGAUUAACAACACAGAAGACUUCCAUGUUCAUACAGUAAUAGAAUCAUCUACCUCCAGGGGUCAUACAUAAUCAAACUAAACAUGAAAAAGCAAAAAGUAUAUAUAUAUAUAUAUAUAUAUAUAUAUAUAUAUAUAUAUAUAUAUAUAUAUAUAUAUAUUAAAACACACACAAAAACACUUGCAUUUGAGAAACUGACACAAAUUCUGUAAGCUUUCCAAAUGUGAAGCAAAGAGUGUCAAUGUUAAAUGACUUGUACUAUGUAUUAUGUGAAUUUGUCUCUACUAAGGUUAUACUGUGAGUUAGAUUUAAGGACAGUGCAUUGUUUUGCAGUGCAUAAGCUAUUUAUGUCAGGUAUGUACUGUUUCUAUGUUGCACUGGGGACAAAGCGGGAAUCCAUGAGUAUCAAUGACAAACUGGGCAAGAGUAUGUUACAUUCUGGGUCAUUUGGGAAAACCAGGGUGUAUCAAGCAAGCCCUGUGUCUGAAGCACAAAUAAUUUCUAAUCGGUCGAGCCCUUGGAUGACCCAUCACGUGUUGUUGAAUAUUUUUGUUGAAAGAGACUGUUACUAUUUAAUUUUUUCUUUUCUGAGAUAAAGAAGAAAAAAAAAAUACUUGUAUGUGAUUAAAACAGUUUAAGAAUUAUUUUUAGAAUGCUUUGUACUUUAAUGUUGAAACCAAGGACCAAAAUCAUAGACUUGAGCAAAACCAAAUCUAUGCCUGCCAGUGUGUAGUUUGUAAAGCACAGGGUACAAAAAUACAGAAAAUGAAAACACAACAAAACACAAGGUGACCAUUUUUGCUGAUUAUUAUACAGAUUAUUGAAGAGUACUGUCAAUUCAGUGUUCUGUUUACAUGUGCCCUCAGGAAUAUCCAAAAAAAAAAAAAAAAAAAAAAGGAAAAAAAAAAGAUAUGUCUCUGACCCUGAGUGCAUAUCAGCUCAUUAGGUAUGUGAUUAAUGUCGUCGUGAUUUGCAUGACCAUUAGUUACUUCAUGUGCCAAAAUGUUGAACAGGUGCAUUGCUAAAACAAAACAGAAACGCACACAAACUGGCCACUCCAUAACAACGGUUUACACUAUUUUAUUGUGCCAUACUUUUUUGAAAAAGUAUACAAAAUAUCUCUGUGGUAUAUUAGUUAUAGGUUUAGGCCCUUUCUUCCCCAAAAGCACAAAACUUAAAAGUACAGAGACUUCUCCAACGCUAGGGCAAUGAUGUGGUGACAGUUUGCAUCAAAGGCAGCUAAAUGUGAAAAGCAUUUGGACAUGUUAAACAUGUUUACUAAGAGGAGAUACGUACCUACAUAAAAUGUGAAAUGUCCUUUGAAUUUUGUACAAAGUUAUUUUAUUGCAGUUUUAUCUGGAACUUUAUUGUAAAAUUGUAUUGUGUGAAACAUGUAACCGUGAAUGUCUGUACUCCAUUAUGUUUUUGUCUAAAUGUUGACAUUUGAAAAACAAUUGCUGUUUUCUGCAAUAAUAUUUUGAUCUCUGAAGCACAUAUCUAAUGAAAAUAAUGAGUGAAGAUGAUUAUAAAAAGGAUUAUAAACAAAUAGAACUUAUGUCUCGUAAGAAAUAAUAUUGUUUUGUAUAUUUUUAACUGUUACACUGCCUAAAAUUAUAACAUAGGACGUAUUUAAAUGGUGUCAUACAAAAAAGCACGAUUGUUAUGUAAAAUGAAUGAAUAAACAGAAAAUAUUCGUAGUCUA